AGUGCAAGGCGGACAUUUUUCCUCCAUUGAUUGCUGUCUGUGCUCACAGUCCAAGCAGAAAUAAAGUAACACAGAUUAACCGGGAUUACAAAUAAUUUAUCCCAAAAGUUUGGAUGCGAUAUCGACUGAUUUCUCCAAACACACUCAGAAUGGUUUCUCAAAGCGCGUGUUGACAGCGGAUCGCGGCUGGAUGUUCAGAUGGCAAUGGUGCCCAGCGAAGAAAAUAAGCUUGUGCCCAAAGAGGCCAUUUUUUGGAGUUGCAGGCAGAGUAUGUUUGAGGAGAUGCAGAAGAGGUUCUCACAGAUUGAAAGUGCAGCGGAGGAACCCAGGGUGCUGUGUAUCGUGCAGGACACCACCAAUGCAAAGACUGUCAAUGAGAGGCUGACUCUCAACCUGCCCGCCUCCACCACCAUCAACAAACUCUUCGAGGAUGUGGCUCACAAGGGUGGAUAUGUGAAUGGCACGUUCUGCCUGUCGUGGGCAAACUCUGUCGGCACGGGUCCUCUGGAGCAGGCCAGUGAGAUGUCCCUGGUAUUGUCCGGUUUUGAGGCAGGGAAAAAGAACUUCCUGCAGCUUACGGACAAAGACGGGGAGCAGCCACAGAUAGCUUCUGAUGAGUCUGGUACAGCGGACAGCAGUGGUCUUGACGACAGCUCUCAGGACCGCUUCAUUGGACCCUUACCGCGGGACGGUACAGUGGGCUGCAGCAGCGAUUACAGCAGCCCCAGUUAUUCAUACUCCUCCAUACUCAACAAAUCAGAGACAGGUUAUGUUGGUUUGGUGAACCAAGCAAUGACCUGUUACCUGAACAGCCUUCUCCAGACCUUGUUCAUGACCCCUGAAUUCAGGAAUGCACUCUACAAUUGGGAGUUUGAAGAGUCAGAGGAGGAUCCCGUCACCAGUAUCCCGUACCAGCUCCAGAGGCUGUUUGUGCUCCUCCAGACCAGUAAGAAACGCGCCAUUGAGACCACUGACGUCACCCGAAGCUUCGGCUGGGACAGCAGUGAGGCCUGGCAGCAGCACGACGUCCAGGAGCUGUGCAGAGUCAUGUUUGAUGCACUAGAACAAAAGUGGAAUCAGACUGAGCAGGCUGAUCUGAUCAACCAUCUUUAUCAGGGAAAGCUGAAAGACUAUGUGCGUUGUUUGGAGUGUGGCUAUGAGAGCUGGAGGAUUGACACAUAUCUGGACAUCCCUUUGGUCAUCAGGCCCUUUGGGGCAAGCCAGGCUUUUGGCAGUGUGGAAGAGGCUCUGCAGGCCUUCAUCCAGCCUGAAACUCUGGACGGGCCCAACCAGUACUUCUGUGAGCGCUGCAAAAAGAAAUGCGAUGCCCGCAAGGGAUUGAGAUUCCUUCAUUUCCCAUACCUUCUGACUCUGCAGCUGAAACGCUUUGACUUUGAUUACACCACUAUGCACCGCAUUAAACUCAAUGACCGCAUGACCUUCCCCGAGGAGCUGGACAUGAGCCCCUUCAUCGAUGUGGAGGAUGAGAAGUCUCCUCAGACAGAGAGCUGCACUGACAGUGGGGCAGAGAAUGAAGGAAGCUGCCACAGUGACCAGAUGAGCAAUGAUUUCUCCACAGAUGAUGGUGUGGAUGAGGGCAUCUGUCUUGACAACACCAGCAGCACAGAGAGAGCGCUCAAACCAAAGAGCUCAUUGACCUUUGAACUCUUCUCGGUCAUGGUGCAUUCUGGGAGUGCUGCAGGUGGGCACUACUAUGCCUGCAUCAAGUCCUUUAGUGACGGCCAAUGGUGCAGCUUCAAUGACCAGCACGUCAGCAAGAUCACGCAGGAUGACAUCAGGAAGACAUAUGGUGGAUCCUCAGGGAGCAGAGGCUAUUACUCCAGUGCCUUUGCCAGCUCUACAAACGCAUACAUGCUUAUGUACAGACUAAAAGAGCCCUCCAGGAAUGCAAAAUUCCUGGAAGUGGAGGACUUCCCCGAGCACAUAAAGAGACUGGUGCAGCAAGAGAAGGAGUCUGAGGAGCAGGAGAAGCGACAGAGAGAGAUUGAGCGCAACACAUGCAAGAUCAAGCUCUUCUGCGUGCAUCCAGUGAAGAUGAUGAUGAUUGAGAACAAACUAGAGGUUCACAAGGACAAAACUCUCAUAGAAGCAACAGAAAUGGCCUUCAAGCUGAUGGAUCUUGAGGGAGUUGUUCUGCUGGACUGCUGUCGAUUGGUCAAGUAUGAUGAGUUUCACGAAUAUCUAGAACGUUCAUACGAGGGUGAGGAGGAUAUGCCCAUGGGUCUUCUGCUCGGCGGAGUCAAAUCUUCAUACAUGUUUGACCUGCUGCUGGAGAUCCGCAGACCAGACCACGUGUUCCAGCCCUAUAAACCUGGAGAGGUGAUGGUGAAGGUCCAUGUUGUUGAUCUAAAGAGUGAGAUUAUUUGUGCUCCAGUCAGUGUCAGGGCUUAUCUAAACCAGACCAUUACUGAGUUUAAGCAACUCAUUGCACAGGCAACGGGGCUAUGUGUAGAGAUGAUGCGUAUCAUCCUAGAGCGCUGCUAUAAUGAUCUUCGGCUUCUUUACGUACCCAACAAGACGCUGAAAGCAGAAGGUUUCUUCAGGAGUAACAAGGUUUUUGUGGAGAGCUCUGACUCUACGGAUCACCAGGCCACUUUCACCGACUCUCUUUUGUGGAAGCUCCUGGACCGCCACGGGAACACAAUCAAACUGUUUAUCUCGCUGCCUGAGCAGUCACCAGGCUCUUUGGCCAAAAAAUCUAGUUACCCCAAAACUUGCGCUGACUCUGAGGACUCUUUUGAUGGGGCAAAGGGCAGCAGGAAGUCUGUGGAGGCCAUUCUGGAGGAAAGCACAGAGAAACUGAAGAACCAUUCAUUACAACAACAACAACAGCAGCAGACGUCCAGCACCAGCGACAGCCAGAAGAGCUCGGAACACAGCGAUUUUGAGCACAUCGAGUCAACAGCACAAGAUCCGGAGGCUGCUUCAAAGCCCUCCCAAAUGGAGAACUGCACACGAGCAUCCUCUGACCCAGAAAACCAGUUCCCUUCUGAGGAACGCUCAGACUCAGAUGUAAAUAAUGACCGUAGCACCAGCUCGGUGGACAGUGACAUCUUAAGCUCCAGUCACAGCAGUGAUACGCUGUGUAAUGCAGACAGUGGCGUGCUGCCUCUAGCCAACGGCCUCGACUCGCACAGCAUCACAAGCAGCCGACGCUCCAAAGCACACGAGGGGAAAAAGGAGACAUGGGACACGGCCGAAGAGGACUCUGGCACAGACAGCGAGUAUGAUGAGACCGGCAAGAGCAGAGACGAGGCACAGUACCUAUACUUCAAAGCAGAGCCACACUCGCAAGAGGAUGGAUCUGGAGAAGGCCAGAAAUGUUUACUUGUUCAUGUCGAUAAGAGAAUUACACUGGCAGCAUUCAAGCAGAAGCUUGAGCCGUUUGUUGGCGUCCCUUCCACUCAGUUCAAGGUCUUCCGGGUUUAUGCCAACAACCAGGAAUUUGAGAGCGUGCGCCUCAACGAGACACUCUCCUCUUUCUCAGAUGACAGCAAGAUCACAAUUCGAUUGGGACGAGCACUGAAGAAAGGAGAAUACAGGGUGAAGGUGUACCAGCUGCUAGUCAAUGAUCCAGAGCCCUGUAAGUUUCUUUUGGACACUGUUUUCGCCAAGGGCAUGACUGUUCGGCAGUCUAAGGAGGAGCUACUGUCUCAACUCAAAGACCAGUGCAAACUUGACCUCAGUAUAGACAGGUUUAGACUCAGGAAGAAGACCUGGAAGAACCCAGGCACAGUGUUUCUGGAUUACCACGUCUAUGAGGAGGACAUCAACAUCUCCAGUAACUGGGAAGUGUUCCUUGAAGUCCUUGAAGAACCAGAGCGGAUGAAGUCCAUGUCCCAGUUGGCGGUUCUGACUCGUCGCUGGUGCCCCGCCCAGAUGAAGCUCGAGCCCUUUCGAGAGAUGGUGCUGGAGAGCAGCAGUGUAGAGGAACUAAAGGAGAAGCUCAGUGAAAUGAGUGGGAUUCCUCUGGAAAACCUGGAGUUUGCCAAGGGUCGAGGAACCUUUCCCUGUGACAUCUCAGUGCUGGAGAUCCAUCAGGAUUUGGAUUGGAAUCCUAAAGUCUCCACUCUCAAUGUCUGGCCUCUCUACAUCUGUGAUGAUGGUGCUGUGAUUUUCUACAGGGACAACACUGACGAGCUCAUGGAGCUGUCCGAAGAGGAGCGCAAUGAACUGAUGAAGAAGGAGAGCAGCCGGCUGUUGAAGACAGGCCACCGGGUCAGCUACUCCCCCCGUAAAGAGAAGGCCCUCAAAAUCUACCUGGAUGGAGGGCCCACCAAAGACCCUGGACAGGACUGAGGGUGGGAGGGGGAGAGAACCUUUCCUGCCCUAAUUCCUAUCUCGCCUGCCCGCUGCAGUGUAGCGCUGCCUCGCCAGGGACCCUGGCAUUUGGGCCCACGUUGAAUCAACGUCACCAGUGCUGUCCGGCUGACGCUCACUCUCCUUUGAGCACCCGAGCGCAUAGUGUGACUCAGAGUACAAUUGUGCACCAUAGAUUAUUGUACUGUAAAGUUUAAAGGGAAGUACAAAAGCUAUUUCAAAUUAAAAUCCGAUAUCAUUCAGAAAAAUCUGUUUAAUAAUACAAGAGAUGGGUGCACUUGUAGAGGAAGCGUGACAGUUUGGGAAAUAUAGCCCAUUUAUUUAGUCUGUCUCCGCAACUCGCUCCAUCUCCGUUGAUUUUCGUCCUUUCGUUCUGCGUUCGCUGUUUCUCCGUCGGUCACUUUGAUUUUGAGAUCUCAGAGUCUAUCAAGGUCUUAUGUUCUCAACGUUCAUCAUUCAGAUUCUAUUCAGUUCAAACACAGUGUUUUAACAUACCCAGCCAACUCAAAACGCCCAAUGUGGUGACGGCACUGUUCAUCCAUUUCGUAGAGCUCUUCGAUCGACUCCAGUCAUGGUAUACUUUCACUUAAAAUGUUUUGGGAUAUUUCAAAUUUUUUUGUUUAUUUAACACACAGCUGUGAAUUAAAUGUCUUUUCUGGCUGAUGAGGCUCUAUUCUUGCCAUUCAUGCUUCCCUUUAUGUGUGGGUGUGGCUGAUAUUUGCCCCACCCCACUGGAUCCAUGGGAGCCUCUCCCUCUUGCACUCACUACACUUCCUACUGGGGAUACUGACAUAUAUGGUACAUAUGAGUUUGCAAACCUUUAAGAGUAGGGCAACAUGAAUUACGUAGAGCGCUGCAUUCACUCUUGUUAGUUCUUGUUAGUGACUUUUAAUGACACAUGUUUUAAUUUUUGAGCUGUAUGCUGCUUUUUUCCCCAUUUAGAAAAGUGUCCCGUUUUAUUUUUUUAUUUUAUUUUUCUAAUUUCUGCAAAAUGUGAACAGAGCAUGUGUGAGUUCAGAUGUGGUGUGAGUGUGUGUGCAUGUGUGGAAAAGCUUAUCGCUGCUGUGUUUUUGCGUAGAUUGAAAGAAGGCUCAAUGGAGGAUCACCAUUGUUGAGAUAAAAUGAACCGCUACGGGUUCCGCAGCUCCUCAUGCUCCCACAAGCUGUUCACAAUAGACAUGCCAAUACUGAAAUAAAGAGCAACAAUCAAUCUCUGUCUGCCUGCCUCCAGGUUGACGUAUAUGACGAUAUCACACACAUACUUUAAGGGACAGAAUGAACCAUUGAUUUUAUAGGGGGUCAUAUGGUGAGAAAUCAGAACUGAUCUUUUGAAAUAAAGUUUAGUGUACUAUAAAGACAUACUGUAAAUUUUAGAUCUCAAAACAUUAGCCCAGGCCAAAAAAUAGCAUUUAUUGAAAUUGAGCUGCAAGCAGCUCAUUCUGAUGUCCUUACAUUUUUAAGGACAUCAGAAGAAUAGAUACUUUUAAGGCCCAUACUUUCUACGAAAUUGAAGAAUGAAUGGGUGUGACGUCAUUUAGAACAAACUUUAGCCAAAAAGGUGCUUUUGCAUUCAUUUCGGUGGUUGGCAACAGCUCGUCUGGGCAAACUGGUGCAUUCGAGACAUUUUCCAAUAACGUCAUUUCUUUGGGUUUAUUUGAGCUACAAAAAUCUACUGAAAUACUCUCAAAUGUGCAUUCACUCAUGUGCCAUCUGCAGCAAAAGCCAUUCACACAUCUACCCAUAGUAAGAUAUGACCCUCUUAUCAUUCUUUUGUCUGUAUUUUGCCCAUUAACACGCUUUUAUACACCCAUCUUUGCAGUGUCAUCAUAAAUUACAAUAAUAAAGUGUAAUCAGUGCAUAUUAUGACAGUGUGUAGCCUGUCAGUGCAUUAGCGUCAUAAAUUCAGAAUGUAAACAAGACAAAUUAAACAUUAUUUACUGUAUAAACACUGGCGGCCAAAAGUUUGGAAUAAUGUACAGAUUUUGCUGUUUCAGAAGGAAAUUGGUACUUAAAUUCAAAGUGUCAUUCAGCUGAUCACAAAAUAUAGUCAGAACAUUACUGAUGUAGAAAACAGCACCAUCACUAUUUGAUUUUUAAAAGUAAUUUUUGAUAAAAUCUAGACAGGCCCCAUUUCCAGCAGCCAUCACUCCAACACCUUAUUCUUGAGUGAUCAUGCUAAAUUGCUAAUUUGGUACUAGAAAAUCUUGCAAUUAUAUCAAACACUGUUUAAAGCUGUUUGUUUCAUUAAAUGAAGCUUAACAUUGUCUUUGUGUUUGAUUUUGAGUUGCCAGAGUAUACAAUAGACUGACGUGUCUUAAGGUCACCGUCAUUAUUAGGUAAUGGCAAAAAAGAAACGGCGUUCUCUAGAAACUCAUCAGUCAAUCAUUGUUUUGAGGAACGAAGGCUAUACAAUGCUUGAAAUUGCCAAUAAACUGAAGAUUUCAUAGAAGAAAGAGAUGUGGAAGGCCAGAUGUACAACUAAACAAGAGGAUUAUUACAUCAGAGUCUCUAGUUUGAGAAAUAGACGCCUCACGUGUCCUCCGCUGACAGCUUCAUUGAAUUCUACCCGCUCAACGCCAGUUUCAUGAACAACAGUAAAGAGAAGACUCAGGGGUGCAGCCUUAUGGCAAGAAUUGCAAAGAAAAAUCACUUUUGGAGAAGAAAAUGGAUCUUAACCCCUUUUGGUGGGAUCAGCUAGACUGUAAGGUGUGUGAGAAGUGCCCGACAAGACAGACACAUCUAUGGCAAGUGCUACAGGAAGUGUGGGAUGAAAGGUCACCUGAGUAUCUGGACAAACUGACAGCUAGAAUGUCGAGGAUCUGCAAAGCUGUCAUUGCUGCACGUGGAGGAUUUUUUGAUGAGAAGUUUUGAAGUAGUUUAAGUUUAUUUUUCAAAUUGUAAUAGUAAUUUUUCAUGUUAUUGAUGUCACGACUAUAUAUUGUGAUCAGUUGAAUUUCACUUUGGUGAAUAAAAAAUCUGUAAAUUUUUCCAAACUUUUGUCCGCCAGUGUAUAUUACUUUAAAUCAUCAUCAAGUGGUUAAAACAGCUUCUUUUACUGACCUCUUGUGAAUUCUACUCAUAGAAUGAAGCAUUAAGUCAUUGAUAACACAUUUUAAUUUCUUAUUAGCAUCGUGAGCAUUCUCAUAUUUAAAUGUAACUCUAAACACCUCCCACAUGGGAUGUGGCGGGUGUCUGAAUGUUUGCAAACAGUAUACCAAUGCUCAGCUGUUUAGAACAACUUUUUACCCCUUAACGAAGAACGCGGAAGAACUUCUCUGGAAGUAUAUCAGGGCUUUUAUUAAUAACAAGCAGAAGAAGAAAGAAGAGUAAUAUGUGGGAAAGCUCAUAAACUCGUAUACUGUUCCUGGCUGUGUAGCAGCACCUAAAGCUCUGCAUAUACUUCUAAAGGAUCCCAAUGUUAGGAAAGAGUGGCUUAAGUGCCUGAUCUUUUCGGUUUGAUCUGUCACAAUGUAAUGAAGGCUUUAGAGCAGUAAAAACUAUAUUGGACCUGACAGGUAAUCUGCAGCUCUUUCU